AACAGUGGAUUUCCUAGAACUUACAACUGCAGCAGUAACUGUGACGAGGUAGGGGAUUAACUUUUAAUAUAAACUUUACGAAGAAAAUAAUAAUAGUUAUAGUGGGUCAUACAGUAGGCUUGGAAAUCACAGUCAUUGCGCCCCGUAUAGCGCAGUCGAUCCUUUUUUAAAACCAGGUCGAUCCUAAUGGCGUCUCCCAUCGAACUUUUCUCUGUUUUGAAAUGGGGGUUUGCUCUCGGCUGGGAAGUUGUAUCCUUUUUUGAACCCCUAAGAUGCAAGAUCCUUUAACUUGGCGCACACAGGGUAUAUAUUUAGUUAACAAAAGGUAUUGUUCUAAACGAAAAUGCCUAAAACCCCCCUCAACCACAUUCGAGCACUGAGCGCUACUAUCACUUUUAAUUUCUUGAAUUUUUUUUUUCUUGUAGUGUUUGAAAUCGCAACGAUUUUACUCUACAGCUGAGAGAAACUCUACCAGAUGUGCAGUGAAAUGUAAUGAGGUAAGUUCUAACAUCAGAGCCAAAUAAUCAAUGAUGGUCAACAAUCGGCUCCGGAUUGUAACUCUAUCAUUUACUAAAAGGGCGCAUAGGCUGCAGACCGGAAAAACUUAGAGACCAGAAAAGAGGGUAAGACCAGUUCUGGCAAUAACCACUCAAUAAAAAAAGGACACUAAUAUUGAAACAAACAAUAGCUACCUUCUAUCUAUACUGGUGUGUUGAUGAUGAGCUAACAAAUAUAGCAAUUUUUGGCCACUACAUAGUCAGAUCCAGUCAAGCAAAGCUACAACAUAACGAUUGGAUGGUUUUAAAAGAAUAGAGAUAAUUACCCGAGAAAAUGCUUUCCAAAAAAAAACAUGAAAGAAAAAGAAACCGGGAUAUAAAUUGAACCUCAGGUUAGCGCUAAUCGGCCUUCGAAAAACUGCAUGGGCCCAGUACUGCGCCUUCCUUCCAGUUUUGUCUCUCCUGUUGGAAAUGUUUUUCCCCAUGGAAGGCAUGAUUAUUUUUCAGACUGGCAACGGAAUCCCCUGCAGGAAAGGAUGCGAAUUUUAUCAUCGCAUAGUGAAUUCAGGUGUGAAAAACUUCAUGAUGUUCUCUAAGCUUUUCAUCCUUUUCAUUCCUAAACCUCUCUCCAAAGUAUUCAGUUACUAAUUACUUCAAGUUUAAAAUCUGUCUUUAAGGAUAUUUGCAAUGAAAAUGAACUCGACGUAUUUAAGCCUAUUUUUCUGACGGCAACUGGUUCAAAUUGUCAAGAUGCAUGUUUUUACAAAUUAAGCAAAAAUGUACAUAAUCCGCCAUCCCCUCUUUAGUAAUUGAACCAUCAUUUUCUCCAAAAUAUAGCCUUCAUUUUUUUAUUAGUUUCCGAAGUCUGUAAAGGUAAAAGAAACUGAUGAUAGAGCCUCGCUGAUAACAGAGUUUUGUCUCUAUCCACAGAGUAAGUUAGAUGUGCUUAUUUAUCUGAUUAUCUAUUCGUCUAUUUAUUUAUUUGUUUAUUUAUUGUAGGUGACGGCAUGAACGACACAAGAAAAGCAGUAGUCAAAGGCCCUUAUCUUUUUUGUCGCACCCUAAAUUUGUUGGUUAUUAACUUCGAGUUUCGUUUCCUUAAUCUUGUUCCUGCUGUUGAACCCAUCAUCCUCGCUCUUAGGUGGCGUUAUUGGGAAGAUCAGUGGAAUACAAUUCGUAAGCCAGUAAGUGUCUAAUAUGAAGAUCAUUAACCAUACGUAGACAGUCCCCUUAGAAAGGUGCGGUGGGUGCACACGACCCGGAUCAAGACCACUGUGGUCCCUUUUCAGACUACACUAGUCAAGCCCCGCUUUACGGUCACUUCAUUAUAUCACGGACGGUUUGCUGUUUCCAUGGGGAAAGGAAGCCUUUACAUUUUCUCGAAAUACAAUCUACUUAAUGCGGACACCCGUUAAUACGGACACUUUCUAUAACCCCCCUCAGUGUCCGUAUUAACGGAGUUUGACUGUAGUUGUCUUUGUCAAGAACAGGGGACAUCACUCUCUAGUCAGCAAAUUAGUAGAUCUGAUUGAUAUUGUUAGCGCCCGCACGAGUCGCAGUUUUUGCUGUUCUGUGUUAAAGCUUUCCGAAGCCUCAAUGGCUGAUGAUAUGUCAAAAAACGUAAAAUACGUACAUGUGCAGUCCCAAAGUAACGUUUAUUAUUCACAAAAACUGAAAACAUUGCGAUCGGGUUUUUCUAUUAUGAGUAUACACACUUGUAUUGAAUUUAAAAAGAUGCCUGCUUCGGUUCUCGUGGCGGGGGGGUUGGGGGUGGGGAGAGGAGGCACUUUAUAUGGGGAAGAUACCGCAGGACAGAACAUGGAUUUUAAUUGAUUUCUCUGUCCUUAAAGAAGGGACACGAUUUAAUACGAGGUUCUCCUAAACAAGGUUUAAACUUGUGUAAAGUAACAGAACGGUCUUCAAGGAUUGUUGUAUAUGUCCUAUACAGGACAGAAAUUUUAGGUUUUGAAGUUCGUUUUCGUCCUUAACAGGCCAAUGGUUUCAAACCCUCGGGAAUCCCUAAUCUCAGAACUAAAGUCAAAUCUCUCCUCUCAGCAACCCUGUUUCUGUUCUUGCCUCUCGACAAUGAUUUUCUGUCUGUAGACUUCAGUUCUUACUACGUAGUACGCCAGCCAUGUGCGUAUAAAAAGAGAAUAGUGUCAUUAUUGUUAAAUUUGGCAAGGAUGUUAACUCCUGAUCUAAUUAUUCACUUAAAUCUACAGACGAAGAAGGUGCCUUUUCACUUCGAGUUAUACCCUGGUACCAAAUUUCAAGUAGAGGUUUCUGUGGUAACUUCAAAAGGGCUACAGGGGACAUACCGAGGGGAAUGGAUGUCAACACUAAGUGGUGAGUUCCAGUUAAGUUAAACCGAGUGGUAGCUGGCUUGGCAGGCAUUUAAAGGGAAGGGAGAGGGGAAAUUAAAGUGCGCAAGCACUUAAAGGGCUUCGUCCUUGCGCACCUUACGUUCUUGUGCGUUUUUAUCCCCCUGGCGUCACAAACGCUUGCCUAAAAAUCAAACCCGAGGGAUACUGCCCAUGGCCGAUGGUAGGCUCCUCGCUAAAGAGGUACAUUUUUCAGGCUUUACGUAUAUAAAAGGGUAGGAAUUUCAUAACUUGAAGUAUUAAGAAAGGUUGGUGAAAUCUAUCAUUUCACGGGGCCUCCAACAAAUCCACCUUAUGGCUGAAUUAUCAGUUUUGGUUUGUUUAAGGUACGUCAAAACAAAAAGAAGACUUCUUGUUUUGGUGAUUUAUUCAUAAGAGGGGCCAAUCUCUUAUGACUUCUCAUGAAUAAAAAGGGAAGGAGUGUUCUUAAGUAGGUAUUUGAAAGGGGUUGCCAUUUUCUAGUGGAACUCGCGCGCCGUAUACGAAACGGGGGAAAGUGGGUUGGACUUCGGGGCAGAACGAACGUCUGAGUCCGAGGACCGGGAGAUUAGCGAAGAACAAACGAACAAAGAAAAAAAAUAGUAGAACUCCGUAUGAAUAGGCGGACAGGCAAAACUAAGGCAAGCAAAGCCACAGCAAUAAGAAAAUAAAUGCUGCUGGAGCUCUUGAGAAUCAGUGACUCGAUUGAAACGUCUGAAACCGUUCCAUUCAAAAUGUAAAUUGACGGCACAAUUAUUUCAACUGCAACAAUAAAGUCAAAGUGCAUGUAUGAUACCAAUUUGAUAGACAUUUUGCAUACGCGCAUCACCCUAAUAAAGUCUCCGAGAAAGACCAUUGUUUAUAGCACCUUCUUUUGAUUACCUGAAUAAUAAAAUUAAAGCAAAAUUUUCUGUUAAGCUUUGUUUAAAUAAAACCCUUAAAACAGCAGAUCGAUAUGGCGUAGUUUUAGGGCUAGGGCCAGAAAACUGCGUAACGACGCAACGUCAGAUUAUACGUUCAGCCACAUCAACUCAAUCUUUCUUAUAAUUUAUCUGUUCUACCUAUCUAGGCUUUAAAACAUUACCGCCUGGUUCAGUACACUACAAAAGCUACCAUCCGGGAAUCCUCCUUUUUUAUUGUUUCAGAUAAAGACGUUCUGGAUCCUCCCAGGAACAUAAAUGUUUCAUUCACGCCAAAUGGGACAACCUUCCAUGGACACCUAAGCUGGAAUUUAGCACCUCAC